AUCUAUCUCAAACUUCGAAGUCAAGAAAGUUUAUUAAAACUUUGACAAGAGAGUCAAGUUGAAGAAGAAGAAGAAGAUGGAAAUCUACAGUAUUAGAGGAGCUUUAGUUGUUUUGGUAUGUGCAUUGGCAAAUUAUGUUGGGUAUGCACAAGACACCCUUGUUCCGGCAGUGAUCGCUUUUGGUGACUCAUCAGUGGAUGUGGGAAACAACAAUUAUCGCCCCACGCUUUUCAAGGCAAAUUAUCCUCCUUAUGGAAGGGACUUCAUCAACCAUCAAGCCACUGGCAGGUUUUGCAAUGGGAAACUUGCCACUGACCUCACCGCCGAAACUCUAGGCUUCAAGAAGUACCCAGCGGCAUAUCUUAGCCCAGAGGCAUCAGGGAAGAAUCUUCUCAUUGGAGCCAACUUCGCUUCAGCUGCAGCCGGUUACGACGAGAAAGCUUCAGUCCUAAAUCAUGCAAUCCCAUUGUCGCAGCAGUUGGAUUAUUUCAAGGAAUACAAGACAAAGCUGGCAAAAGUGGCUGGCCAAAAGAAAGCAGAUUCCAUCAUCAAGGAAGCUCUAUAUGUACUUGGAGCUGGCAGUGGCGAUUUCGUUCAGAACUACUACAUCAAUCCUCUGGUCAACAAAGUCUACACCGUUGACCAGUACUCCAAUCUCCUUAUUAGUUCAUUCACAAGCUUUAUUCAGAAUUUGUAUGGAGCGGGAGCUAGGAAAAUUGGAGUGACAUCUCUCCCACCACUGGGAUGUCUACCAGCAACGACCACCUUAUUUGGAUAUCAUGAGAAAGGCUGCGUCUCUAGCAUCAACGCCGACGCCCAAUCCUUCAACAAGAAGUUGAACGCCGCCGCCGCCAGUCUCGUAAAACAACAUUCUGACCUUAGACUCGUCAUCUUCGACAUUUUCAAGCCUCUCUACGACGUCAUCAAGACCCCAUCUCAAUAUGGCUUUGUGGAAGCAAGAAGAGGUUGCUGUGGAACAGGAACAGUAGAGACAACAUCAGUACUGUGCAAUCCUCACUCGCCGGGAACUUGUUCGAAUGCGACUCAGUACGUGUUUUUCGAUGCUGUUCAUCCAUCUGAAGCUGCUAAUAGGGUUCUUGCUGAUGAAUUGAUAGGCCAAGGCUUGUCCCUAAUUUAAUCAGGAUAUGAUAUGUCGUUUCUUAAUUCAAUGUCUAUGUACAAUCAAAGACUUUUCCACUACCCUAUCCAACCGUCUCAAUAAUGUUUGUACCCCUAUAAAUUAAUUUGUUGUGUUUCUAGUAUUACAUGUUGCGAAAUUUUAUUUGCAAGGUCUAGAACUGUUGAAAGAUGCAAUGGUUCUUAAGAAUGUAUUUGCCGAGUUUAGUUUGUUUCAUUAUGAUGCAAGUUUGUAAAAAAGUCAAAUCGACGAUGAACAAAGUCAAGUCUUUGGCAUGCAAUAAUGGUAGUAAAUUUCCAGCAGUUCCUAGC